UGCUGGCUACUACUUUUUCGAUCUGGAUUGUCAUCAAAUUAUAUUAUUUGAGAAGAUGGAUCAGUAUAUUCUUCAUCGAAGUUGGAUGUACGAUAGAAAAAGACCGGGGAAAAGGACACUUAAAGCUCAAUUUAAGGAAGGAAUUCGUGAAUUUGUUGCUUUCACCAUGUCGCAAGAUAUUUUUAGAAGUGAGGGAGGGAUUAGAUGUCCAUGUCUUAAAUGUACGUGUAGGUUGAUUCAGAGCCCAAAAGAUGUCAUAAAACAUUUAGAGGAUGUUGGUUUUAUGGAGGAUUAUUAUGUGUGGAGACAUCAUGGUGAACAAGAGCCGGAUGAGUUUGAUGUUAAUAUGCAGGCUUCAAGUAGUGGAGCACAUACACAGUGUGAAAACUUUGGCCUCAUGGAAGAUAUGGUUGGUGACGCUCUCGGGGUGAAUUUGUCUUACAAUGAGGGCAUUGAAGAGGAAAUAAUCCCGAAUGAGAAGGCGUUGAAGUUUUACUCAAUGAUGAAAAAAGUAAAUGAACCGUUGUUUGAAGGGUCAUCUCAGUCGAAGUUAUCCAUGUGUGUGAGGCUUUUAGCUGGAAAGUCAAAUUGGAAUGUACCAGAAGAAUGUGCGGAGUACUACACGAAAAUGAUGAGGGAUUCGACUCCUGUACCAGAAAAUUUACCAUUAAGUUAUUAUGAAGCUAAGCAAUUGGUGAUGAAGUUGGGAUUGGAAGAAAAAAAGAUUGAUUGUUGUGUUAACGGGUGCAUGUUGUUUUACGACAAUGAAUUUGGUAAGAAUGAUGGUGCGUUGGAGGAGUGUAAAUUUUGCAAUUCACCAAGGUAUGGAGUGAGUGGCGAUGAUGUUGAUCAUAAGAAGAAACGAGUCGCAGUCAAGUCAAUGUUUUACCUGCCAAUAAUACCAAGACUGAAGAGAUUGUUUGCAUCAAUGCACACGGCUGGUCAUAUGACGUGGCAUUAUUACAAUAAAACUGAUUCAGAGGUGAUGCGACAUCCUUGUGACGGAGUGGCGUGGCAGCACUUUGAUAAGGUACAUCCUGAUUUUGCAAACGAUCCACGUAAUGUGAGACUUGGAUUAUGCUCUGAUGGAUUUACUGCGUAUAACACAGCCUCGGCUAGGCCUUAUUCUUGUUGGCCAAUAAUUGUUACCCCAUAUAAUCUUCCUCCUGAGAUGUGCAUGACAAAACCUUACAUGUUCUUGAGUUGUAUUGUACCAGGACCGUCGAACCCAACUGACGGUAUUGAUGUGUUUUUAGAACCCUUAGUUGAUGAUUUGAGAAGGUUGUGGGUUGGUGAAGUGACAUACGAUAUUGCAAAGAAGGAGAAUUUCACAUUGAGGGCAGCUUUAAUGUGGACUAUUAACGACUUUCCUGCAUAUGGCAUGUUGUCUGGAUGGUCAACUCAUGGUAGAUUAGCUUGUCCUCAUUGCAUGAAAGAUACAAAGGCAUUUUACUUGAAAAAUGGACGAAAGAAUUCGUGGUUUGACUGUCAUCGUUGCUUCACACCAGACGAUCAUGAAUUCCGGAGGAAGAGGAAUCAGUUUAGGAAAGACACAAUUGAAAAAGAUGGUCCACCUCCUAAGAAAACAUCAAAUGAAAUAUUCCGUAGAGUCAGCGCUCUAUGGAGAUUUCCAGAUGUUGGCCAAAGAGUCAGAUACGAAGGAUACGGUGUAGAACACAAUUGGACCAAAAGAAGUAUUUUUUGGGAUCUCCCUUAUUGUGGCUGUUUUGGUUUGGAGUGUUUGUGCUGUUUGGUAGCUUUUCGGGAGGAGGUACGAAUAUUCUUGGAAGAGUCACGAGAAUAUUCGACCUAUGAAGAAUUAUCUGAUGCGAUCAAGCUGGAACUUUGGAGGAAGGUAUCAGGACCCGGGACAAAGCAUAAGUGGUAUGGUCUUGGUCGGAAUGCUCCCCUCAUGGAGCAUGGAUCUGUAAUCAAUGAGCCUUCAUUUGGAGAAGGGUCUUCAAGUAACCAGGAAACAUUGCCUCCUCAUGUGAUUGCCCAGAUAGAACAUUUGACACAGGAGUUGCAGGCUCGUAAGCUAAUGGAGCAAGAGUUGCGGGACAAGAUGGAACGGGACGCUGAGCAAUAUAGAGCAUUUCAAGAAAGCGUUGAUCGACGAUUUGAGGAAUUGAUCGCAAGCACAUCAAGGCGAGUUGGUGUUGAAGAAAAUGGUUCAGAUGAGUCACACAAUCCCAACAUUGAGGAGGAUGAAAGUGAUGACACCAAUUAA